UCCUGUUAUAAUAUAUUAGAGUGAAAAGCGUGCAGAGGCUGCUCCAAGCUCCGGAGAUUGCUGUGGUAGCUGCGAGUACUGCAAAGAAGCUGGGAGAGUGUACCAGAUUGGCGAGACGUGGGUCUCCAACGUGAGGCCCUGCUUCGAGGUCAAAUGCGUGCGCGGUUACCGCGGUGCUGUGGAAAUGCGCUACAUGCCCAGGAAGUGCCCUAAACUACCAUGCCAUUGCGCAAGGAACAGCACAGUGUGCGAUGAGACCGGAUGCUGCAAAAAGUGCAACGUUAAACCAGGUACUUGCGCACCCCAUAUACUACGCGAACAACAGACAGUUCAGUACUUCUUCCUGAGUGAUCCCGAGCACGGGUUUUGCUCGAACACGGAGGUCAUACCAGGUCUUGCCGAAUGCCGUGGGCAGUGCAAUUCGAGGGCAGUUUAUGAUCCGGAGACGAGCAACUUCACGACGAUGUGCAGCUGCUGCACGAUAACGAAAUCCGAGCCAAGGAAAGUGACGCUUACGUGCGAGAAGAACCAGACAACGCACCGCAUCCAGAAGGACUACCAGAACCCAACCGCGUGCGCUUGCACCCGAUGCGGCGAUUCGAAGCCAUCACCAACAAUUGUAUUGCCCAUACCACUCUGAUGGCACCUACCUAUCAGGCAGUAUGCCCGAACUGCGCGGGAAUGUAGCAAGUGUCCAGACUUCUAUCGACACACCGACAUUGCUCAUAGCUCAGCGAUGGCAUAGAGCUCAUGUAAACAUUGUCCCACAGUUGUCCACGUAAAUAAAAUUUCAGAUUUUUUCAA